GAUGAAAGAAGGGGAGGGAAUAGAAUGUGAGGGGUUAAGGUAGAGUGUCGUCUAUACCGAUAUCACAUCUGGGUCGCUCGCAGCUCCAGCAAAAGGAACGGCAACAACCUCGAAAGAGCCUCCCGAGCUUUCUUCCAGUGCUCGUUUUUCCGGCGUCAUGCACAGACGUUGGUGGCCCCACCACCAUCACGAUUUUUGUUGCUGCCGCCGACGCAUUGGCCUAGCUUAGCACGCCGCUACAAGUGAACAUGCUAGUUCUGCUCGAUAGGGUCCUGGCACUAUCGCGUUAUGGUGAGAUUACAUACAUUCUAUCUAGUACAACUGCCGUGCUGGCAGGCAGUUGCAGGGGACGAUGUUAGUGUUGGCGCUGCUGAGCGAAGUGCACGCCGCCCCCCUGACUCGCGUAGCUUGCAGUCAUUUUUGCGCAGAUCGACAGACCGAGCAGCUGGCUGGCUGACCCUUGCUAGCCAGGCGGUACGAUGUUUCCAUGAUGGCGUCAAAGAAGCAGGAGAAAAAUGGAGAAUGAAGUGGUACCGAACACGGAAGAAAAAAAUCCUUCGACCCUGCUGCUGUUGCUGUGGAUGAUGUUGAUGAUACGACGACGAUGAUGACUACGGGCUAGUGGGAGUGACUAUCAGACAGACAGCAAAACAGCGUGCCUGCAACCGAUCAUGUCACCAAUAGCAACAGUAUCAAUGUCAGCGAUAAGCGACAGAAAAAGAACGAUAACCGUAAGUAAUGUUAACAGCAGGAGAGUCCGAGGAAUUGACGCGCACUGAGGCAGCAGAGUGGGAAGAAAUAAACACGAUCCUGGAAGAUACGACAGACGCAAUCGAACCAACAGAUAGGAACGCGCCGUACAAGUACCCGUAUAUCUGUAAUGGGUGCAUAUGUUUAUAUCAUGCGCAUAAAGAUGGAACGAACAACAGAGGGGAACGAAACAAGCAGCUCAGGCAAAGAACGAGAAAAAGAGAAAAGAGAAACGGGGGAGUAGCAGAAGCAGCAACAGCUGCAGCACAGAAGCGGUUUGGAUGUCUGUUGUGAACUCGCGUGGAAAUACUUUCGAACGUUGUUCGCCACAAGUUAAGGUGUGGUUAAGACAUGAAGGCGAUUGAAAGAAGACCGGUGCGCGAUGCGGGAUAAGGCACACGGGAGUAUAACGGCUGAAAAUAAGGUCAAGCGGAGGAACAGACGUACCGCAACCAGAUCGAAAGGCAGGCGGAGCAAUGGGUGGAAGAGCGGACAAAUCAUCGUACUCGUCGAUCGUCUUUCUACUUCCAAUAGCGUCACCGCCACCAAAACUUUUCGUUUGAUUUGAGGGUGGCGGGGGCAUCGCCGAACAGCUUUUGCCGCCGACUAUUAAGGGCAUGGGAAUGUCCUGACUAGUUAAAUCGUUGGGUGUGAGGAGAAAAUGUCGGGUUUAGGCCCCGCAACGGCCGGGCCCCCGAGCUCAGGGCCAGCUGCCCCAGUGAACGCUAGCCGUCUUUCAAAAAUUAUUGGCGGCCUACAAAUGCCAAGUGUCGUUAAUGGGUUCUCAAUUGGUAUCACUAAUGAGCUUCACCAACGACAGUUACAAACGAAACUGCAAUCACAUCAGCAGCAAUCUACACAACAACAACGAACCCCGCAGGUCCCUGGUCCACCGUCGACACCCGUCGUUCAGAUAACGUCGCCACAAGCCGCGUUUAAGCAUCUGAUGACGCCCAGGUGUACGAUGUCAAUCACGAGAACAAAAGGAUUACUCAAUGCUCCUGGACAAAAUAAUUGUUUCCUGAACUCCGCUGUUCAGGUGUUAUGGCAUCUAGACAUUUUCCGAAGAAGCUUCCGGGAUCUAGUAGGCCAUGUGUGUAUGGGUGAGUCUUGCAUCUUCUGCGCCCUGAAGGAGCUUUUCGCACAGUUCCAAUACAGCCAGGAGUCAGCGUUGCCUCCGGACGCGUUACGGAAAGCACUAGCCGAAACGUUUUUCGAUCAACGUCGGUUUCAACUGGGAUUUAUGGACGAUGCUGCUGAAUGCUUCGAAAACAUGCUUCUCCGAAUUCACUACCACCUAGCAAGUCACGAUUUGGAAGAAAUGUGCUCGGUGGCACACUGUAUUCCACAUCAGAAAUUUGCCAUGACUUUAGUCGAACAAACCAUUUGUCAUAUGUGCGGUGCUACGUCAGAGCCUCUGCCAUUUACUCAAAUGGUUCAUUACGUAUCGGCAUCAGCUCUAUGCACUCAGGCAGGAAAGGAAAAACCCGUCUCUUUCGGGGAGCUGUUGUACAAGGCUGGAGGCAUGGGUGACAUACGCGACUGUCCGAGCUCCUGUGGAGCUAAAAUCCAGAUUUGUCGUACGCUAAUGAACAAGCCAGACAUCGUUUCGUUAGGCCUCGUAUGGGACUCAGAGCGGCCAACGGUGGACCAUAUUGUCAAUGUCCUCGAUACAAUCGGCACGUCUUUACGGAUGCACGAGAUGUUCCACACCGUUGUUGAUCAGAUAUGGGCUCGCGCGACGACUCAUAACCUCGUCGGAAUCGUUACUUAUUAUGGCAAGCAUUACUCGACCUUCUUUUUCCAUACGAAACUUCGUGUGUGGAUCUACUUCGAUGACGCAACCGUUCGAGAGAUCGGUCCACAAUGGCAACAAGUUGUCGAAAAAUGCCGAAAAGGACACUUUCAGCCUUUACUUUUGCUAUAUGCCAAUCCCAAUGGCACACCAGUGCAAACAGCUAGCGCACCGAAGGCUGUUCUCCUUUGUUCCAACGUCGGACUCAAGAAUCCAUCGGAGUUGAACAAAUUCAUAUUAGCCAACAGCGAAGUACCUUCAGAUAUGUCACAUUACGCCAAUGCGCAACAAUGGAUUCAAAAUAAUUGGCAUAAAACAGGCGAGGUGCCGCCAAAUGUCACAAUGAAAGAUUUCCGUCCCAGAACAUUUUCCGAUAGCAGCGUAGUUGAAGCCGGCCUUAAACCGAGCCAAGGUAAGGCGUACGAUGACGAGUUCCUCAACGACGAGUACAUCAAUCGACAGAUUGUCGAGAGUGUCCUUUCGAAACAGCGGAUGCACCAGCGUCAUCAAAGACUGGCCAUUGUAAACGCCGCCCACAAUCCACAACAGCUGCAGCAAGGCGGAGUACGGACCAGCUCGAGUUCUCUUGAGUCCUUCGAAAACUCUCUUAGAGAGAAGAUGCUUGAACAGCUCCAAGAGGGCCGGCGGCGUGACAGCGGCAACUGGUCCGGUGAGCGAAAUUCAAGUUCUAGUUCGAGCUCGACGUCACUCGACAAUCCGUAUGCUCUACCAAACAUCAAACGUUUCCAAAAGCCUCUGGUACCAUGUCCACCAGAGUACGCCAAUAGUAUGGCGGCAGCACUUGAUAAAGGCUAUGAUUCGUACUCGAUUAGUAGCACCGACUCGUACUCCGGGCCACCUGGUUCGCCCCACAAGCCACUGGGCGGCAUCCAAGAGGAAUGUUUGGUUCAUGUUGAUGUUGCUAAAAUGACACAUGUAUCAAAGGCCGUUAUUCAACGAGCUCUGCAGGACCCAUUUAUUGAAGAAGUUCUCGCCCAGCGUGGUCCUAUGGAGUAUGAAAGGCUGUGGGCUCAAAGCGAUUGGCUUAUUAGGCGAUCUUACGAGAAGGAGCAAACGGGCGACUUAGAGGUGGCAGCGUUUUUAAGCGAUUGCGCCGCCGCUAAAGCUCGUGUGUCAAUGGAAGCGCCAUACAGCAAUGGUCAGACGCUGAUCGCAGCUAAGAUGAAGCAUUCGUCGUGUGUAAUGAGAUCGAACAUGAUCUAUAAACGAGUGAAGGAGAUUGAGAUGGAGAACAAGAAGCGUCAUCGAGAGCUGGAGACUAUUCACAGUCGGCAAGGCUCACGCGAUAGUCGCCGCAGCGGCAAUCACAGUCGGCAAAAUAGCCGAGAACUACUCCCACCUCCGCCCGAUUCCAUGUUGUCGGACCCAAUGGAGUCCUCGGUGGCCGUCUAUGCGACCUUGCCGAAAAAAUCGGCCCGCAAGAAACUGCUCCAGGACGAAGUGGGCAGUUCGGCUGAUGUCGCUCCUCGGGUUCCACCAAAGAAUUUCAGUGUUAAAGAGUUCCUUGAAGCGGAAGGCGAACAGGAACGGAAGACAAUGUCGCUCAUGAGAAGUAACAGUAAUCCGACUGGGUCAAUAAAAAGUGGUGACGAGGCUGGGGAAGCAGUCUCUGCAAAGGAUUCGAAGAAGGUUCACAAAAUUAAACGAAAAUUAAUGGGAGGCUUUUUGCGACGGAAAAAUCGUUCAUUGCCUGAUCUCCGCGACGCAGAAGACUCAGGAGCCGUGUCCGCACCCGAGGAUUGUGGGUCCUCCAAAACUGAAAAGGCGAAAGCCGCUCAGAUCUCGCCGCUUCGAGGCUUCCAUCAGACAAAUAGAACGAACCGGCCUCAGCUUGUCAAAGUUACGUGCCCCACUGUCGCGCUUGCCGAGGUUACUGGUAAAACUGCGCCCCUUCCAGAGUUGCCCAAACCGGAGUCUAGAAGUGAGGUUGACCUUUAUGAGGAUCCGGAAUAUGCAACACCGACAAUUUCUAACGAGAAGCCAAUCCGAGUCGAGGAUGAGCGUUCGGAGGAGAUACGGGAGACAUUCCUUGGAGAACUUCAGAGGAAAAGAGCACAACUGCACGAAAAACGCCUCCAAGCAGCGAACAAAGCGAAGAAUGACACAAAGACCUCAUCGCACGCUUUGGCGCAGACACCAAUACAAACACCCAUCCCUCCUCAAACGAAAGAACCGUUAGAUAAUAACAACAACAUGAAGUCGGUUAAGAAUCUAGCCACAAAGUUCGAGAAGAUCCUUCGAAUGCCAGCCCCCAAAAGCUCAUGUGAUGAAGUAGAUGGAAAAGCAACUGAAGAACCUCGAAUUCCUCCGAUCGGACAGCCUGUACCCGUAGCCAUACCCCCCCCGCCUCUGCCGGCUCAACCUCCAUUCACACGUUCGAGUUCUAUUCGAUCGACCUCCUCAACCGGCAGCACGGGAUCGGAUGGUAUGCGUAGACCUCCACGUCCCCCGGACUAUGAAACAGCUUUGCAGCGCCGAGAGCUAAUGAAGAAGCAGCGCGCAUCCAUUUCAUCAAGUAUUGAUGAAGAACUCUCAAACCUUCCGCCUCCACCGAACGAAAUUCUCGCCACACCUCCCCUGGUUCGCGCACAACUAGCUUCAAGUUCUAGCAUAUCGUCGACUUCAUCAAUAAAAGAAACUGAAAAGGUCGUUUCCAAGUCGUUGAUACCGCCCCCGCAUCCGGCACAGGCUAUUAUCGCUACACACGCUGUGGAACCGGUAGAAGAACCUGACCACACGAUAAAACAUGAGGUGUUGCCAAAGUCACGUACCCUAUCCAGCAGUAGUACAAGCAGCAUGAAGAAAAAGAGUGUCACCUUCAGCGAUCAGGUGGAGUUGGUGUCGUGCGCCGAGGAGAUUGUCGAAGACUUUGUUCCCAAUCCCCUACUUGAACGGGUCCUCAAGCAGCAUCAAGAGAAGGUUCAGGAACAGCUUAACUCAUCAAUGGAAAGCAUCGGCAGUAGUUCGGAUAGCGCGGCGUUGGUUGCUGCAACCGCCGUUAACAGUUCCUCGACAGAAUUUACGUGCAAUCUUUGCCAUGCCAAAUCAGUACCAGCCAAUAUCACCUACUGCCCGGACUGCGCGUUUUACAUGUCUCGCUUCCAAAAAGCUGACUAACUGAAUCUAUUAUCAUUAACGCACAAUACGGAUUGGUCAGUUCAAUUGCCCAAUCCAAUCACUGAUAGAUAUAUAUACGUAUUCUUAUUUAGACGGUCUUUAUAUCUGUAGACAUCGAUGACCGGCGUGCCGAUUGUUUGCAGAAGAGGUGUAGUGUUCGUAUUAUGUAUCCCGUCAAUCAGUACAUAUUUAUUGUGUGUCAACGCGCAUUUCGUGUAUCCACAUAUGAAACAUAUGCUGUGUAUGCCUCUCUUCGCGUUGUGCCAUAAUGCUUCCAUUUUGCUAUCGUAUUAUACAGUGAAAAUCUAUUAGCAUUUUGCCCUCUUUUUUUUUCUUACUCGAAUUGUAAAAACAGCCUUUUCACAGUAAUACUUUCUCGUUCGGAAACAUGUGCUACUUUUCCUUCUGGAAAAGCUGCACCAUGAGCUCUAACCACAUAAUUCACUCAAGUACCCGUUAACGAUCAGUGAUACAGAACAGGGCGUCGCCAGGGAGCACUAAUUGAAUUUCUGCUACGGAGCUCAAUAAGGAAUCCUGCGAUGCGCAUCACCGGGGUCUCUUUUGACUUGUUUCGACGAUUGUGAAACAUAGAUACUCUACGAGAGUAGUUGAAUAGCUGCACAUGUAAUUAAUGGGUUAUAGGCUUGUGAGUGGCUGGAAGACAGCAGCUUGCGGCUAGCUGAAUCCGUUCGUCGUUGGCUAAAACGACGGACUGGCAUUCGUCUGUCCAGCAUGUAUUUCGACAUCGGUCCUGUGAGGCGCUCAAAAGGCAGACAUUUUCUUUACUUCAUCUAAUGGCUCUGAGGUGAGAAUUUUCGAUUUAGCUAAAUUUGCUGAGGUCACACCGCGUCUCACCUAUGCCAUUUCAGUCACGUCAAGCGCUCCUCUAAUGUACCUAAGUAACCUACAGUAUUUUUCUACUUCCGAGCCAGUGUGCAUUUAUCUAGCACUGUAACCCACGGCUAAAUGUAUGCGUGCUAUUUUGCAACCAUAUAUAUAUAUAUAUAUAUUGUUUAUGGAUUAGUGCAGCAAUCGGCCCGGCAUAAAUACCAAUAAUAGUAUUAAAUAAAUUAGUUCGUGUUGGUAUAAUUCAAAUAAGAAAGAAGCAAUUACGUUUACGCAAGUGCCAAACACUCUGGAUCCGCGAACGGCAACUAAAAAAAAAAAAAAAACAAUUUGACGUUUGCGAUAAUAAAAAAACGACGAUAAAUAAUGGUGCGAUGUAAAGAUAUGUACAUAUGAAACAACACUGUACAUCUCAACAGCCACCAACAAACGAAUGUACAAAUCAGCUAUCCUAAUAAUAAUGCUUAAUGUACAAAUUGUAUUCUAAAUAUUAUAUAUUGCGCAGAGGACGUACGAACGCUGUAAGCAAAACAGAUAAUAAGAGAAAAAAAAGUAUGGAAAUAUUCGAAUAAAAA